AUGAAUAAAAUUAAAUAAACUGAAUAAAACCUAUAGACAAUAAAGAAAUGUUUAUUUGUUAGUGAAAAAAAGGAGUAACCCAAACUUCCACCUGAAGAGAUGCUCAAAUAAACUCAAGUCAUUUUGAAUCAAUCCAAACACAAAGUCUAACUUAACAAAGAUCCAAAAUUCAUAGAUUCAAAAAUAAUAGUACAACAAUAACUCAAAGAAAGACAAUAAAAUUUCAAUUAAAAGUAAUAAUAACUCUAAGAAAUUAUAUAAUCAAUCAAUGAUACUGGUUUUAUAGAAUUUCAUUUGAUAAAUUCAAUGAUGCAAAAACUCAAUAUUAAAUAUGAUCAAAUUAAUUAAUGUAAAGUUGUACUCUCUAUAAAUAAUAAAAUUAACUUUUAUAGAAGAUUUUCCAAGAAACCCUCUCAAUUAUAAGUGACUAAAAUUAAUGGAUAAUUAUUAGAUGAUUAUUAAUAGUAAAUCUAUAAAAUAUUUAAUACAAAAGAAUAAAUUCAUUUUAUAUUUAAAAAUGAAAUGGAAUUAAAUAUUAAUAUUAUACCCUAUUAAAUCAAUAGAUAAAUAUAUAGAGAAGAUAAAAAUAUUUAUGAAGUCUUAUUAAUAGAAAAUUAAAUUGAAGAAGAAUAAAAUGAAUAAUAAUUUGUUGAAUAAUAAGUUAAAAUUGAUUAACAUUUCAAAUUCUCAUUUCUUAAUCGUAUCCAAUAAUUUAACCUUAUGCAUAAUUAGAAUAUACCAUCUGCAUUGACACGAUAAUAUAAUAUAUAUUUGAUUCUUAGAGAAUUAAUUUUAGAUGCCUUAGAUUAUAAUUACAUUAAAUCCAUUAAUAUUGUUCAAGAUUAAAUUAUUAUACAUAAUCUACCAUCUUAAGCUUACAAAAUACAACCUACAUCUAAUGAAUCAGAUUUCACUGAAUAAAGUUCAGAAAAUAAAAUUAAAAAAAUAGAAAAGAAAGUCAAAGCAUAAGCCAAAAAAUAAGAGAGAACAAAAAAAUUAGAACAUUUAUAAUUUAUUACAACUGAAUAAUUAAAAGAUUAUAAUGUUUAAAUGAUACCCCAUAAUUAAGGAUAUUAAGCUUAAAGAGCUAUAAAGGAUCAUUUAAAAGAGACAACUAAUGUUAAUUUGUAAGCAGGAUCAAAGAUGGGAAAAGGUGGUAUUGAUAAAUUGUAAAAAGGAGAGUAUUUUUUAAAAUAGAAAGGCAAAUCAUAAGAAUAUCAUAUUUGUUGGCUUGAAUAAAGAGGAUUUCAUUUGGUUUGGUAUCAUAUGAAAACUGAUAAAGUGGCAAGAGGAAUAGGAUAAUUGGAUGAUACAUUAAUUAAAGAUGAAGGAUCUAUUUAUGUUGUUAAAUUGUUAGAUAGAACUUUAACAAUAAAAUUAGAAAAACCAUAUGUUGGAUAAAUUUGGAGAAGAUCCAUAUCCAAUUAAAUAGCAUACAAAGCAUAUUUAAAUAAUUUAUGGAUGAUUUGUAGAUUAUUUGAUAAAUCACCUUCUAUUAGUAUGGUAGAUUAUUUUUUCAAUGAAAAUCUUACAACUUUCAAUAUCUCUAAUAAUGCAUUAUAAAUAGAAGGUAUAUAGAAUGCAUUACCUUUGUGUUACAUUAUAAAAUAUACUUAGAUUAUAUUUGAUAGUUUAAUGAAUCAUAAGAUUUAUUAAUUGAUUUUAUCUAAUAGUCAAUUAGGUCCAAUUGCUACAAUUUAAUUGUUAUAAUAUUUUAAGAAGAAUAAGAAUAGAUUGAAAUUAAUUGAUUUAAGUAAUUGUUAAUUGACAACAUUGGUUAUAAAGGAAUUUGGAAGUUUUUUAAUGAAUUAAAAUUCUUUUGCUUUAAAUCAUAUAUAUUUGAAUGAUAAUUAAGGGAUUGGAAAUGAAGGUAUUGAUAUCAUUGCUAAUUGCAUUUAAUAAAGAUACUUAUAAUUUUGGGAUAAUAGUACAAAUAAUUUAGAGAGUAUUAGUCCAGGUUAUAGAAGACAUUAAAUAUCAAAGAAGGCAGAUUCAAUGGAAUUAGAAUUAUUGACUCUAAUGAACUUUAAAAAUAUUGGGGCAACAAAUUUCAAUGAUUUAUUUAAUGCAAUUGAUGUGAUGUUUGGUAAGGCAUUAGAGAUUCCAUCAUUGGAGAAUGAGUUAUUUUUCAAUAAAUAAAAAACAUUAUCUAAAAUAAUUAAGAAAUUAAAGAAUAAAACAGGAUAAUAUAAUAGAUAUAAUUUAUAAUUAUUGAAAGAUUUUUAUGAGAAUUCAAUGGAUCCAAUAAUAGAAAUAAUAAAGAUACAAUUAGAUAUAUCUGAUAAUUCAAUAUAGAAUAUAGAAUAAUUGGGGGAAUUAAUAAUAAAACAUGAUUGUUUUAGGAGUAUUCAUUUAAGUCAUCUUGAAUUAGAUGAAUUAUUGUAAUUUACAGCUUGUUUAAAGGAUUCUAUAUCUUUAGAAUUAUUGGAUGUAAAUUGUAAUAAGAUAAAUGACAUAUAAGUAAUAUUAUAAAGUUUGGAUAAGAAUACUAGUAUUAAGACUUUGAUUAUUUCAUAACAAUUUAUAGAUUUGUAGAGUAGAUUUGAAAAUGUAGAAAUGAAUAAUUAAGAGUUUUUUAUAGCUGAUGUAUAAUUGUUAUGAUAAUUAUUAUUAUAUGAUUUUUAAUAUAUUGGGUAAAGUGAAUUAAAAGUUGACAUGGAUGGUAGGAAUAACAAUAGCUGCAAUAGGAGGGGGAUUGUUAUUUUGGAAGAGACAACCAAAACUAAAUUAAGAGAUUGAUCUAUCUGAAUAUUCAGAGGAAUUUAAAGAAGCUGCAAGGAAAGGGAGAACUUUAGUAGGUUUGAGUUAACCAGAUUAAUUAUGGUUAUAUAGUUUAUACAAAUAAGCAACAGUUGGGGAUUGUAAUGUUCCAGAACCUAUGCGUUUACAUUUAUAAGAUCAUGCAAAAUGGACUGCAUGGUCAAGAUGUAAAGGAAUAAAAAAAGUAGAGGCAGAGAAAUUAUAUAUAAAAUAAAUACAAGAAUAUUUAGAUAAGGGUGUUGAAUGUGAUACAGGUAGUGUUUAGAAUUCUUAAUUUGGAAUGAAAGUAAGUACUAUGAAGAAUGCAGAACAUGAUACUAAUGAAGCAUUUAUUGAAAAGAUGAAUAAAACAGGUUAAAGUAUUGAAUAAGUAUUAUAAUUGAAUGAAAAAGAAUAAUAAAUAUUUUAAGAGAUUUAAGAUUCACUUGAAAAUACUGAAAAAUUAAAUGAAUUAUUAUAGACAUAUAAUGAUGUAAAAUAUUUGUAAUGUGAAAAUGAAUAAAAAAUUAAAUUAAUUCAUUUAGUUGUAGAUAUUGAGAAUAUUGAAGCUGUAAAAUUAUUGAUACCAUAUUAUAAAUAACAUAAUUUAAUCAAUAUAUAGGAAAGUGUAUCAGGAAUGACUGCAUUACAUUAUGGUUGUCUAUCUGGAAAUAGAGAAAUAGUUGAAUUACUAUUAAAAAAUGGAGCUGAUCCAAAUAUUAAAGAUUUUUCUGGAAUGGAUUGUUUUGAAACAAUAGAUGCUGAAAAUAAAUAAUGGUUAUAAUAAUUGUGAA